UUGGCUGCAAUCUGUGUGGACAUUAGGACCCUGAGGAGGAUGAACUCUCUCUGCAGGACUGAGCUAAAACAAACAGCUGAGUGAGAGGAGAGAGAAGGGAGGGAGAUACAGAGAGAGAGACUGAGAGAGAGAGAGAGGCAGGCAAAGAGAUACAGAAGACUGAAGGCUGGAAAGAGACAGCAGGAGAGGAGGAGGAGGAGAGCACAGGGAUACACAGCCUGGGAGAUAAUGUAGAGCUGCUAGCAGCCUCUCACCUCCUCCAUUCCUGCUAACCAGUGCAUCUUGUCUGCAGGAUGAGGAGGAUCAGGGCUAAUGCCAUCGCCAUCCUGACUGUAGCCUGGAUCCUGGGCACCUUCUACUACCUAUGGCAGGACAACAAGCCCCAUCCUGCUACAUCCAGCAGAUCUCCAGGCAGGAGCCGGGCAGCCCUCAGACAGGAGGUGCACAGAGAGGACAGGACCAGUCCCCAGGCUGUGACGUCAGCCUUCCAAACAGAGAAGGGGAAGCUGAAUGGAUUUGAUGAGAAGUUAUAUCUGUCCUCAAAGUUUCUGAAGGCUGGAGAAGAUCCCUACCGUCAACACGCCUUCAACCAGCUGGAAAGUGACAAGCUCAGCAGUGACCGGCCCAUUCGGGAUACAAGACACUACAGAUGCACCUCCGUACAUUAUGAUGUUGACCUCCCUUCCACUAGUGUUAUUAUAACUUUUCACAACGAAGCUCGAUCUACUCUACUCCGAACAAUUAAAAGCGUUUUAAUCCGAAGCCCUGCAAAAUUAAUACAGGAGAUUAUUUUAGUGGAUGACUACAGUGCAGACCCCGAUGACUGUCAGCUCCUCACCAAAAUUCCAAAGGUUAAAUGCUUGAGAAACAACCGUAGAGAAGGACUUAUUCGAUCCCGCGUCCGUGGUGCUGAAGUUGCUGCUGCUGGAAUUCUCACUUUUUUGGAUAGUCACUGUGAGGUCAACAAUGAGUGGCUCCAGCCUCUUCUCCAGAGGGUCAAAGAGGAUCACACCCGUGUUGUCAGCCCAAUUAUUGAUGUCAUCAGUCUGGAUAACUUCGCUUAUCUGGCAGCUUCUGCGGAUCUCAGAGGUGGUUUUGACUGGAGCCUUCAUUUUAAGUGGGAACAGAUUCCUAUAGAACAAAAGAUGUCUCGCACUGAUCCGACAUCCUCAAUAAGGACUCCUGUAAUCGCUGGAGGCAUCUUUGUGAUUGACAAGUCAUGGUUCAACCAGUUGGGAAAGUAUGAUACUCAGAUGGACAUCUGGGGAGGAGAGAACUUUGAGCUCUCGUUCCGUGUUUGGAUGUGCGGAGGAAACCUAGAAAUCGUUCCCUGUAGCCGUGUUGGCCACGUGUUUAGAAAGCGUCACCCAUAUGAAUUUCCUGAUGGCAAUGCUUUAACCUAUAUCAAGAACACCAAACGCACAGCGGAGGUCUGGAUGGAUGAGUACAAGCAGUACUAUUAUCAGGCUCGUCCCUCUGCCAUAGGAAAAGCCUUUGGAAGUGUAUCGGACCGAGUGGAGCUGCGAAAGAAGAUGAACUGUAAAUCUUUCCAGUGGUACCUGCAAAAUGUUUAUCCUGAGCUAAAGAUCCCUGAGAAGGAGGUGAUCACAGGGAUUAUAAAGCAGGGAGGAAACUGUCUGGAAUCUCAUGGACCAGACACAGCGGGGAAUAUUCUGGCUGGCGUGGGCGCCUGCAGGGGAACAGCAAGCAGUGCGCCUGCCACACAGGAAUGGGUGCUUAGUGAGACCUUAAUACGACAGCAAGACAAGUGCCUGUCUAUCACCUCUUUUUCCACCGGAGCUCUGGUCAUGCUUGAGCCCUGCAACCAGAAAGACAGCAGACAGAAAUGGAAGUUGAAAGGACACUUCUUGCAGCAUUUGAGCAGCGCCCUUUGUUUGGACACUCAUUCCCCCAGGGUUCUCAUUAACCCUUGCCAGUCAGACCUGAUCAGUCAGCAAUGGGAGCUGAUCCAAGCAACUUGAAUAUUUACAGCCCAUCUUUUGCAUGGACUUGGUCCACAGAGUAAGGACCCUGGGACAUUUCAUUGACCAACAGGUUCUGAACAUUAAACUCUGAGACCCUUUGCUGGUGAUUAGACACUGGCAGCCGAUGGAUGGCAUCACGUGAUGUUGUCAUGUUUGUACCUGAGGACCAGCUGCUUUCCGAUGUGUCUGACACCUUGAAAUCUGUGACAUUUCUGGUGUAACAUCUUCUCGCUUUUACAUUUUCUAGCUGUUUUUUCAUCUUCCCCUUUGCACAGAAAGUUUUUGUGGAACCCCAGUGCAUAUGUGAUGUGUUAUUAUCAAGUUGAUGAGCUGUAAGCUUUCAAGAACAUUUCUCUUCACGUUAUUGAUCCAAGUGGCUUGAUGGGCAAUUUGACCAUGUAGCUGCUUGCCGUGUAAUACGGUGUUACAGACCACCUACAACUGGGAAAUAGUCUGUGACUGUAAUUCUCCACAUGUUAUACUCUGUGUAAGUCAUGGGGAGAUGCAUGUAACAGACUAGUACCUAUAAUGCUGCAUUGCAUGUCACAGAUUUGAUGGAUUUGGAGUCUAAUAGUAUUUUUUAUUUUUAUUUUAGGCUCUUAUUAUAAGCUACCUAGUAAGAGAGGCAGGCAGCACCGCACAAUGUGUUCCUGUGAUUGUAGCUCUGCAUGAUUUCAUAUAGAAGAGACAUGCCUUCAGCACCUUGUGUCACUGUGUUUACGACCAAACUGAUUGUGUUACUGGUCCCUCCAAACAUAGUUUUCGUUUGAAAGGAAAACUAUACUUGGAAAACAACCUUUUCCAAUCUAUGAAGUCAUUGCAAACCAUUCACACUGUUGAUAGUAUAACUGCUGUGGCAUUGAAUAGACUUACAGCAGUACAUUUUGUUUGGCCGUGAAUGAAGUCAGCAAGGCCAAGGAUCAGUUAUAUGUAUAUUAAGUUUAAACUCUGGAAAUGUUUAUAUGUGUAAUUGUUAAUGUUAAAAUUUCAUACAGGUAUACUUUAUAGCUGCAGUCUACAGCACAUUGUGAAUUCACUGCUAAUUAUAAGUUGGUAUCUAUUUUUUGGGGCCAAGCUAGUAUAUUUCUCCAAAGAAAAGUUGGAAAUCAUAUUUAUAGUAGAAAUAUAUAUUUAUUUUUUUUCAUAAAGAACCCACAUUUAAUUUUCCAUGUACAAUCUUAACAAUUCUAGGAAUCCCAUCUAAGGGGUCAAUCCAGUUCGGUAUGAAUUUCUCUCUUCCAUGAGUUAGAGCGGCAACAGCUGCACUUUAUGGCAGGCUUCAAGGGUGCGAGAUGCAGUGCGGUUGCAACGCCAGGGUAACUUGCACCCUAUUGGAAUGACCCUUAUAUCUCCCGUGAUGCUUAGCCAACCCCAGCAGAGUCAUGGAAGAAGCCCAAUCUUAUCUUAACAGCUACAUAUUAUUAUUAUUAUUAUUAUUAUUAUUAGUCAUUCUGUCCCCUUUACACUACAGAUGUCAUAUUGGAUGAAGACAAUUGUUGGUAUUUUCCUGUAAUUUCAGAAUGCACUUUGCUUGGAUGUAAUUGUGUAAUAAUUUAUUCAGAUUUUACAAA